CCCUCGGAGGCGAUUGCUGCUAGACACAUGGGCCGAAGAGCGGUCAGCGGUGGCUUCCUUCCACCGGUCGGGGGCCCGCCGCUUCCCCGCGGUUGGAUGUUCCGCAUGAGCUUUUUCAUGCUUGGCACCAGCUUCCGAGGCCUCUGCAUCCCGGAUUGUACUCCGAGUCGUGUGCAGCUUGGAGAGUCCUGUGAGAGCCAGAGCAAAGCCUACUGAUUUUCCAGUGCCCUGCUUAUGUGGGAAGAUUGACUGUCACUAUCAUAGGAUGGCAGCUCUUGGUGUCUCUGCCACAGUUGCUGUGUCCACUCAGGAUCCUGCCUCUCCCCAGGAGUCAGAAGUUCCUCCUCCUUCACAAGACCAUUCCUGUCCCCAGAAUUUGGACCUGUUUGUUUGCAGUGGUCUGGAGCCUCAUACACCACCCAGUGUUGGUUCCCAGGAAUCCGUGACUUUCCAGGAUGUGGCCGUGGACUUCACGGAGAAGGAGUGGCCCUUGCUGGAUUCCUCUCAGAGAAAGCUGUACAUAGAUGUGAUGCUGGAGAACUACAGCAACCUCACGUCCCUGGGAUAUCAGGUUGGCAAACCCAGCCUCAUCUCACACUUGGAACAAGAAGAGGAGCCAAGGACGGAGCAGAGGGGAAUUCAUCAAGACACUUGUCCAGAUUGGGAGACUCCAUCUAAAACCAAGUGGUCAGUUCUUAUGGAAAAUAUUUUUGGGAAGCAGACAUCCAGCAGUGUAACAAUGGAAAGAACUCCUGGGGAGAAAUCCACGGAAUAUGCUCGCUUGUUUGACGUUUUAAGUCUGGACACUCCUCUUACUCAGCAGAUGGGAAGGCCUGCCGGCAAGAGGCCCUAUCACCGGCGUGAUUAUGGGGCAGGAUUCAGGAACAGACCACACGGAACCCAACACGUGAGCGUGUAUGACGGGAGAAAAAUGCAUGAAUGUCAUCAGUGCCAAAAAGCCUUCACCACAAGCGCCUCCCUCACGCGGCACAGGCGGAUACACACCGGGGAGAAGCCCUACGAAUGCAGUGACUGCGGGAAGGCCUUCAACGACCCCUCGGCGCUGAGGAGUCACGCGCGAACUCACCUCAAAGAGAAGCCCUUCGACUGCGGCCAGUGUGGAAACGCAUUCCGGACCCUGUCUGCCCUGAAGAUCCACAUGAGAGUGCACACUGGCGAGAGACCUUACAAGUGUGAUCAGUGCGGGAAGGCCUACGGCAGGAGCUGCCACCUCAUCGCACACAAGAGGACGCACACCGGAGAGAGGCCCUACGAGUGCCACGACUGCGGGAAAGCUUUCCAGCACCCCUCCCAUCUGAAGGAGCACGUCAGGAACCACACAGGGGAGAAGCCCUACGAGUGCACGCAGUGUGGCAAAGCCUUCCGCUGGAAGUCUAACUUCAAUUUGCACAAGAAGAACCACACGGUGGAGAAAACCUACGAGUGCAAAGAGUGCGGGAAGUCCUUCGGCGACCUUGUGUCGCGCAGAAAGCACAUGCGAAUUCACAUCGUCAAGAAGCCCAUCGAGUGCCGGCAGUGUGGGAAGGCCUUCAGGAACCAGUCCAUCCUGAAGACGCACAUGAACUCUCACACUGGAGAGAAGCCCUACGGCUGUGACCUGUGCGGGAAAGCCUUCAGCGCCAGCUCGAACCUCACCGCACACAGGAAAAUCCACACUCAAGAGAGGCGCUACGAGUGCGCUGCCUGCGGCAAGGUCUUUGGCGAUUAUCUGUCCCGGCGGAGGCACAUGAGCAUCCAUCUGGUGAAGAAGCGUGUUGAGUGCCGGCAGUGUGGGAAGGCCUUCAGAAACCAGUCCACCCUGAAGACGCACAUGCGGAGUCACACAGGAGAGAAGCCCUAUGAGUGUGACCACUGUGGCAAGGCCUUCAGCAUUGGCUCCAACCUGAACGUGCACAGGAGGAUACACACCGGGGAGAAGCCCUAUGAAUGCCUGGCCUGUGGCAAGGCCUUCAGCGACCACUCCUCCCUGAGGAGCCACGUGAAGACUCACAGAGGAGAGAAGCUCUUUGUGUCCUCGAUAUGGAAGAGGCUACAGUGAAUGGGAACACGAGCACACCUGGCCCGAGGAAGCCAGGAUGCCCUGAUGAGCGCUUGUCUUACUGAGCACAAGGGAGUUCACGCAACCUGGGGAGAGAUCCAGUUUGUGUGAUGCCUGUGGGAAGACUUGCGCCGUCUCUCGUCACUUGGGAGAUUUGUGAGCGCAGACUGGGUGGAGAGCAUGUGUGUGUCUGUGCUGUGGCGACAACUUCCAUGUACAGUCAGCUCUUACUCUUAAGUUAAGGAGAGGAACCAUUUCUCAUGUUCUGGGUAGAAGAGUGAUGAGUACAGGAGGAAGAAUCUGUGAAUGGAAUGAUCGGGAGACCUUUCCUAGUGUCACACUGUAUUUACACUGAAGAAAAAAUCCAAGACUAUGAGGAAAUCUAUAACAAGUCGCCAAACAAUGGCCAGCUUACUUCAUGGCGGCUUACAAACUAAGAGUGGUUAUUUCAUUUUGAAAGAGGAAAAAUAUGUGACAGAAACCCUAUGCAGUCCAUCAAACCUGAAAUUCCUGCUCCCUGGCCCUUUAUAGGAAAACUGCCAAACGGGAUCUAUAGCAGUGGUUCUCAGUUGGGGGUGAUUUUGCUGCACAGGGGACAUUUGGGAAUGCCUGGAGACAUUUUGGUUGUCAGAGCUGUGGAGAAGUGCGGCAGCUGGCGCAGAGUGGGAAGACAGCUAGAAUGCACAGGCUUCACACGCAACAAGCAGCUGUGUGCUCCAAAGUGUCAGUAUUGCUGAGGUUGAGAACAAUCUCAAUUAUUCGUCAAUCGUUGCCUAUGGUAAUCCCUUGAUAUUUAUGAAUCUUAGGAGCAUUCGCACCAUGAGAAGUUGUAACAUUUUAAAAAUAUUAUCAGUGCAGUUAUUUUAAGAAACAUGUGAAGACUUAACACUGCUGAUACUCCCCAUGUGGAAGUGGUUGCAUACACAGUCCCAUCACUUGUGUGUGCAGAUGAAAAGUCUCAAUGGGAGAAAGAGCCCAGUGGGAUUUUCCAGUGAGUAUGGGAUUGGACUUAAUCAGUCUUUGAUCAGACUCUGGCUCGUUAAUUUUUAGUCCUUAUUUUUAAGGUUAUGCUUCUCUAACCCUUUAAUGUCAUCACAAAAAGUUUGUAAAUAGGAUUUUUACUGUAACUUCAUUCUCGAUGUCUUAUUUUCCUUUUGAAUAAUCUAUUCAACCAAUGACAUAUUUAGAAUUGUGCUGUAUACCAUGCAACAUUUGGGUAUUUUUUAGUACAUAUUUGUUGCUGGUAUCUUAAUUCAAAUACAUUGCGAUCAGAGCAUGAUUUCUUUAUCACAUGGAUCCUUUGGUAUGUUUGUGGCCUGCUGUCAAAAAAAGGAGUGGCAUAUACUUCAGGUUGCUUCCCUACUAUGCACUCUCAUCUUCCGUAUUAAGAAAAUUCAGGUGCUGUCAGAUGAGUGCUGUUUUGAAUUUUCUCAAAAGAUUUUCACACUAGUCCAUACUAUUGGUACUAGGCCGUAACACUGGCCAUUGACAAACAAGCAGAUGGCACUGUGUGAGCUUCUGAGAAAGUUCUCAAAAUGGGGCCAUUCUUACCUGGGUUUUUCUCUGUUUUAAUCUUUGCUCUUCCCUCAACUUCUCAGCUUGUGAAGAGAUCCAACACCUAGUGUGUCUUAUGACCAGGAGGAUGAAAGCCACGUUCUGAGGGGGGCGCUGCAGAAAAGUCAUGGUGAUCCUGGCCUCCCCUGUGGUUCCAGUGUCUGCACUAGCCUUGGAUCGGUUACUUCCAGACUAUAUUCCUUGAGAAAAAAUAAAACUGAUGGUUGGCUUAA